AUGAAGAAUUACUGUAAUCGAUGGAAAUGCACAGUUUUCACACUGUUCGUUCCUCUGACGCUGGUAGGAUGGAUCGGGUACGCCGGUAUAUAUUCCAGUGCAUUGUCACAUCAAUGGACAUCUUUAGUCGUCGGAGCUGGAAUAUCAUGGAUUCAAACAAGUGAGACCACAACGUCAACUACACGACUACAGAGUGUCACCCACACGAACAUCUCCGCAAAUGGCUCGGAGGUUAUUGGUGAAAGAAGUGAAUCAAGUAAGAACACAGCAGGAACUACAAUACUACAGAUUGCCUCCCUCACGAACAUGUCCGCAAAUGGCUCGGAGGUUAUUGGUAGUAGUAAAUUAAGGAAACUUGUAUCUACGAAGUACCCUAAUGCAGACAUUAUAAAAAUUUAUGAAAAAAAUGUCUCCGCGGAAAAUAUGACUUUCGGACUUAAUAAUUCGACAAGGGAUGAAGGUAUUACACAUACAAUACCAGCACAAAAGACGUGCGCUCUAAUUGGUAAUGGAGGAAUAUUGUUAAAUAGCAGUUGUGGUGAAGAAAUCAACUCCAAUAACUUUGUCGUUAGGUGUAAUAUUCCAGUAAUAACGGGAUACGAACAAGACGUUGGAAAUAAAACAAAUGUUACAAUUAUAAAUCGAGCGACAAUGAUGCAACUUUACAGAAUGUCCCAUCGGCGAAAGCAAAAACAACUUCCAGAUUUUCUCAACAAUUACGUUUCAUUGAAUAACACUAUACUUUGGUACCCCGGGGUAUCGUCAGUGCCUGUAAGACAGCGUUCAAUUGCGUAUUUGAAAUCCAGUGAGACCACAACGUCAACUACAAGACUACAGAUUGCCACCCACACGAACAUGUCCGGAAAUGGCUCGGAGGUUAUUGGUGAAAGAAGUGAAUUAAGUAAGAACACAGCAGCAACUACAAGACUACAGAUUGCCACCCACACAAACAUGUCCGCAAAUGGCUCGGAGGUUAUUGGUAGAAGUAAAUUAAGAUUUCUUCACCUACGCAAAUUGCCAUCAACAGGGCUACGCACACUGGUCGCCGCACUUUCAUUCUGUGACGUCAUCACAAUUUACGGAUUCUAUCCUAGUCUUCUGGACACCGCUGGCAACAAGGUGCCCUAUCAUUAUUAUGGUUCUAACGCGACGAUAGAUUUUAAAGCAGCACAUAACUGGAAGGCAGAGUUUUCACUGCUGGAAUCUUUACACAGAGACGGAACCGUGAAGUGGGUGACUGGGAAAUGUACAUGA